CCAGGGAUCCUCUUCCGGAGUGUGUGGAGAGUAGCGGCCAAAACCCAAGCGACAUGAACCACACCAAGGGCGGCCUGGUUAUCUUCACCGCCAACUCGCAUCCGUCCAGUCGCGAGUUGGGGAAGAGGAUUGCAGAGCGAUUAGGUGUGGAGCUUGGCAAGGUGCAGGUGGACCAGGAAGCCAACCGAGAAACACGUGUGCAAAUCCAGGAGUCGGUGCGAGGGAAGGAUGUCUUUGUGAUUCAGACCGUGUCCAAAGACGUGAACACGACCAUUAUGGAGAUGCUGAUCUUGGUGUACGCGUGCAGGACGUCUUGUGCCAAAAGCAUCACGGGCGUCCUCCCCUACUUCCCUUACAGUAAACAAUGUAAAAUGAGAAAGAGGGGCUCCAUCGUGUCUAAGCUUAUUGCCUCCAUGAUGUGUAAAGCAGGUCUUACACACCUGAUCACCAUGGACCUCCACCAGAAGGAGAUUCAAGGCUUUUUUAACAUCCCAGUAGACAACCUUAGAGCCUCGCCUUUCUUGUUGCAGUAUAUCCAAGAAGAGAUCCCCGACUACAGGAACGCUGUGAUUGUGGCUAAAUCACCCGCUUCUGCCAAAAGGGCCCAGUCGUUCGCCGAGCGCCUGCGCCUCGGCAUCGCCGUGAUCCACGGCGAGGCUCAGGAUGCGGAGUCCGACCAGGUUGAUGGGCGACACUCGCCACCCACCGUCAAGACCACUGGAGCCAUCCAUCCAAGCAUGGAGAUACCAUUGUUGAUUCCCAAGGAGAAGCCCCCCAUCACUGUGGUCGGAGACGUAGGCGGCCGCAUCGCCAUCAUAGUGGAUGACAUCAUCGACGACGUCGACAGCUUUGUCGCGGCGGCAGAGACGCUGAAGGAACGAGGAGCCUACAAGAUCUUCAUCAUGGCAACGCACGGCAUCCUCUCCUGCGACGCCCCCAGAUUCAUCGAGGAGUCGGCCAUCGACGUGGUUGUGGUGACCAACACCAUCCCUCACGAACUCCAGAAGCUCCAGUGUCCCAAGAUCAAGACGGUGGACAUCAGUAUGAUCCUGUCGGAGGCCAUCCGACGCAUCCACAACGGAGAGUCCAUGUCCUACCUGUUCCGUAACAUCGGAGUGGAUGACUGAAGGUUCUACACUUGCCAUUUGCCUUGUCAGACCUCAAAGCGUGCACUGUAUGCACUCAUGUCCUCCAUAAUUAUUAUUAUUUAUUUUUUUUAAAGAUCUCCAGAGUAGUCCAUCUGACUGAUAGCCCUGUUCAUGAAGUAAUGCUUUUCUUCCCGUGUCUGAACACGCACUGAUUCCAUGUCCACCACUGUCCUUCUUGUCUCGAGUCAAAUUCUUUUAUUAGUCUCACUCCUGUAUCUCCCAAACCAUGCCAAUUGUUAGCAUUGUUUUCUUUCUCCACAUUGUUUGUAGUAUUUAUAGUUCCUCCGCAAAGCAGCGGAUUAUUAUUAGCUUUAUAUAUUUUUAACUGAGCAAGCUUGUCAAAAUGUCAAAUCCUCAAGUGUUUCAAGGCUAAUAGCGAUAUUAGCAUGUAGGUUGUUUUGUUUAAUGAGGUCCGCUCAAAGAUUCAGUUAGGUGGUCCGCCUCAUAUUUCUAGUUGUUUCCAGGAUAAUUAUCAGUGAAUGUCCUUAAAGGAAGAUUGUACCCCCAAUGCACACUCGCAACACACUCAUACAAACACAUCUUGUUCCAAACUAGGUUUGCCACUAGUUAUGCUUUGCGAGCGGAGACGCGUCGUGCUGCUUUGAAUUUGAAGACCUUUGGUCAGUUUUUGUUUUUAGCCGAUACACAUGCUAUUGAUGACUCCUUCCAACUAGAUGCAUUGACAAUUAAGUUUGCUGUAGCAAUAGCUACACAUGGGGGUCAAAUCUCCCGUUUGCUAAAUAUAAACUGGAAAUAACAAAUACUUGUUUGUAAUGUGAUCCAGAAGUACUACUACAAAAGUGUAUGUAUUUAACACUGUGCCAUUAUCGACUCAAUACCUCCAUGUGUUUGAUUAUCUCCAAUGCCACAAAAGCUGUUCAAAGUCCUGGAAUGACAUGGAAGUCAACGUGUCCUUCGUCACAUAUCCACCCAAGUCAAUAUUGGCUUUUCAUUGAUAGUCUAAUGAAAAGUAAUUGAUUCAACGGCAUCAUUGCGUUUGUUCUUCAUUUCCAGUAAAGAAACACAAAGCUAGGAAGCUAUCACUGUUUUUCUAGCAAAUCAAUCGACUGAAGCUGGUCUUUGUCACGUUGCCAGUUGUGGUCCAAAAAAUGUUUUGUAUUUAUUUUCUGCACUAACUGAAUAAAUAAGAAAUUAAUGUACAAAUGUACUCUGCUCAAUUCAAAUGGGGGGGAAAAUAGAUGUCGUUCAACAUGUUUAUUGAAAUGCUGACAAACAGGUGUUGGUUCAGACAAACAUGGUGACAUCCACGACACAACAGACCCCCAGGCAAGAGAGGUAAAGAUUGUCCCACUCACACUGUUUGGCACUAACUUGUAACUACUAUUCAAAACUAUAUGGCACAUCUCAUAUUUCAUCACUUUGUUCUAAGCAUGGGAAAAAAAAAAAAGGAUCUGGGUCAAGAAGCAUCACGAUACAACAUCGCAACAUAUAUGGAAAACAUUUUCAUCUGCACUACUGGACCGAUGCAACUGCGGAUAUGUCAAUAGUGUUUCCAGUUUUAUUUCCGCCCUGAGUAUUGACACAUGAUACCUUUUGGACUGCGGGGUUCAACUUGAGAUACUAUCAACCAACGUCCUUAAGCAAGGCACUUCACACAUUCAGCUGCUCCAACAGAUCCAUUCAGUGAGUGAAAUACUGUACGUAAUGAGAUGGGGAAAAUGCAAUUUGGAGGAAGACAAUCGAAUUUGAUGCAUACAAGUUUUAGAUGUAAACACACCUUGUUUUGAUUCUCAGGAACACUGAGCAGAAAUGGGAGAAUUGUGAAAGUAUCUAUAUGGAAGAUAGUUGGGCAUUUAUUCAUUAUCCCUGAUAUCCAUCUUAAGUU